UCUGAAUGAUACUCAUUCUCUCUUUAGUUCAGACUUGAUGCCACAAGCAGCAACUGGAUGUUUUUUUAAAAUAAGCAAAAGCCACCGAAAGAACCUGGUCUGGGUUCUUGUUUGGGAGGAAGAGUUGGUUGAGGAGCAUUUCUCGGUCAAAGAUUAACUCAAGGGAAAACCCAGCAGGAAGAGGAGAACUGUGGGUUUCUUACCCCAGCUUCUAGGAAAACUAUGCCGUGAAAAGGCUUUGAUGCACUGACACACAGCAAGUUGGACGGGGUACCAAUUCUUUGGAGGGGGUGGAAAAAAAAGAAGAAUUCAUCUUGUUCGUGGUUUUUGGAAGGAUGGCUUCCCAGUUUCAUCAGCUCCGGGUCCUGGUCUGGAAAAAUUGGCUUGGUGUCAAAAGACAGCCGCUUUGGACACUUGUCUUGAUUUUAUGGCCAGUCAUUAUCUUCAUAAUUUUGGCUAUUACGCGGACCAAAUUUCCUCCAAAAGCAAAACCAACUUGUUACCUUGCACCUCGAAACCUUCCCAGUACUGGCUUCUUCCCGUUCCUGCAGACUCUGCUCUGUGACACAGACUCUAGAUGCAAAGAUACGCCCUAUGGGCCACAAGAUUUGCUCCGCAGGAAAGGAAUCGAUGAUGCAUUAUUUAAAGACAGUGAAACUCUGAGAAAGUCAUCCAACCUGGAGAAGGACAGCAAUUUAUCACCACAGAGCACCCAAGUUCCAGAAAGAAGGCACGUAUCACCGGCCACAGUAUUUCCCAAGCCAAGUUCUAAUUUAGAAGGUACUGGAAUAGAUACUUUCAAUAGUAGUCAAGUUCUUGCCCGGAUUCUUAGCUUGGAAAAGCGGUUAAAGCAAAAUGGAACGUCAGAAGAUAUACGAAGAGAACUGUGUGAGAGCUAUCCCAAAUAUAUUGCUGAUUAUGCCUUCUCCUGGACCACUCUGGGGAAAAAUGUUUUUAACAAAUUUUGCCUGUCCAACAUGACCCUUUUAGAGUCUUCUCUCCAAGAAUUAACAAACCAAUUCUCUCAGAUGUCGCAUGAUCCCAACACCCAGAAGACAGUGUUUCAGGAGGUGGUCAAAGUGUUCUCUUUCCUCUCACAAGUGCAAGAACAGAAAGCUGUGUGGCAGCUUCUCUCUAGUCUUCCAAAUAUGUUCCAGAAUGACACAACACUAAGUAAUCUAUUUGAUGUUCUUCAAAAUGCAAACAGUGCGCUGCUGGUUGUGCAGAAGGUUUAUCCACGUGUCAGAACUAAUGAAGGUUUCAGAACUCUCCAUAAAUCUGUUAAACAUCUGCUGUACACGCUGGACUCUGCAGCUCAAGGUGGCUCCAAUAACACAACUCAUGUGUGGAGUGAGGAAGAUGGACAGUCAUUAUCCCCAAGUAGCUUGGCUGCACAGCUUCUAAUAUUGGAAAACUUUGAAGAUGCCCUCCUAAAUAUAUCAGCAGAUAGUCCAUAUACUCCUUACUUGGCGUGUAUAAGAAAUGUCACUGACAAUUUGGUCAGGGGAUCACAAGAAAAUUUAAGACUCUUGCAGUCCACGAUUUCAUUUAAAAAAUCUUUUCUUCAAAAUGGUUCCUAUGAGGAUUACUUCCCUCCAGUUGCUGAAGUCCUGAAAUCAAAACUGUCUCAACUUCGAAACCUGACCAAACUUCUUUGUGAAUCUGAAACUUUCAAUUCAAUUGAGAAAAUGUGCCAGCUCUCUAACAUGAACUUUGAGAACCUGUGUGAAGAGAGUGCGUUUCAUGUGCAACUCCUUGAGGCAGCCGAGCUCGGCACUGAAAUAGCAACCACCUUGCUGUAUAGUGACAACAUCAUAUCUAAAAAACUGAGUGAUUUGCUGACUGGAGAUCCAAGCAGAAUUAAUUUAAAUAUGGAUCGGUUUCUAGAAAAGGCGUUGCAAAUGAAUUUUAUGGAAAAUAUCACACGUUUAAUGCCGAUCAUAGAAGCUGUGCUACAUGUCAAUAACAGUGAAGACACUUCUGAAAAACCAGGUCAGUUAAUAGAAAUGUUUAAAAAUGUUGAAGAGCUGAAAGAGGAACUGAGAACAGCAGGAAUGUCCAAUAGGAGUAUCGACAAGUUGCUGGCCACUCCUAUCCCUGAUGACAGGGCUGAGAUUAUUUCUCAUGUGUUCUGGUUGCAUUCUUGUGACGCUAAUAUGACCUAUCCCCAAAUGGAAGAUGCUCUGAAGGAAUUCUGCAGCCUGCCUCUUCCAGAAAGAUCCCGUCAGUCUUACCUCAUGGGACUCACCCUUCUGCACUACUUAGAUGUUUACAAUUUCACAUACAAGGUCUUUUUCCCUAGGAAAGAUCAAAAGCCAGUAGAAAAGAUGAUAGAACUCUUCAUAAGGCUAAAAGAGAUUCUCAAUCAGAUGGCUUCCAGCACACAUCCGCUGCUAGACAAAAUGAGGUCCUUGAAACAAAUGCAUCUGCCCAGAAGUGUUCCAUUUACACAGGCAAUAUACAGAAACAACCGAAUGAACACACCCCAAGGAUCAUUUAGUACCAUCUCUCAGGCGUUGUGUUCCCAAGGAAUCACCACUGAGUAUCUAACUGCUUUGUUGCCCUCCUCUCAGAAGCAAAGAGGCAACACCACCAAGGAUUUUUUGACUUCCAAACUGAGUAAAGAGCAAAUUGCUUCAAAAUACGGAAUUCCCAUACAUACCACACCAUUUUGCUUCUCCCUUUAUAAAGACAUCAUCGACAUGCCUGCUGGGCCUAUUAUUUGGGCUUUCUUGAAACCUAUGUUGUUGGGAAGGAUUUUGUACACACCAUACACCCCUGUCACAAAGGCAAUAAUGGAAAAGUCUAAUGUAACUCUAAGGCAGUUGGCAGAAUUAAGAGAAAAAUGUCAAGAGUGGAUGGAUAAGUCACCACUUUUCAUGAAUUCCUUCCACCUGUUAAAACAAACAAUUCCAAUGCUCCAGAAUACUCUGAGGAACCCUUUUGUGCAAGUUUUUAUAAAAUUCUCCGUGGGACUUGAUGCUGUUGAACUAUUGAAACAGAUGGAUGAACUUGAUAUUCUAAGGCUUAAAUUAGAGAACGGCAUUGACCUCAUAGAUCAUCUUAACGUGCUAUCUUCCCUGACAGUAAAUAUUUCCUCCUGUAUCUUAUAUGACCGUAUCAAGGCAGCAAAAAACAUAGAUGAAAUGGAAAGAGAGGCUAAAAGGCUCUACAGAAGGAACGAACUCUUUGGAAGUGUUAUUUUUAAAGUUCCUUCUAAUGGAAGCCAGAAUGGAGGUUAUGACUCUGAAAAUGUCUCUCUUCCUCCCAUCAUAAAAUAUACCAUCCGCAUGAGUCUCAAGACCUCCCAGACCACGAGAAAUAUCAGAAUGAAGAUUUGGGCCCCAGGGCCUCACAAUUCUCCAUCACACAACCAGAUCUAUGGCAGAGCUUUUGUUUACUUACAAGAUAGUAUUGAAAGAGCGAUCGUUGAACUGCAGACUGGGAGGAACUCCCAGGAAAUAGCAGUCCAGGUCCAAGCAAUUCCUUACCCCUGCUACAUGAAAGACAACUUCCUAACCAGUGUCUCUUAUUCUCUUCCAAUUGUACUCAUGGUUGCUUGGGUUGUAUUUAUAGCUGCAUUUGUAAAAAAGCUUGUUUAUGAGAAAGACCUCCGGCUUCAUGAGUACAUGAAGAUGAUGGGUGUGAACUCCUGCAGCCACUUUUUUGCCUGGCUUAUAGAAAGUGUUGGAUUUUUGCUGGUUACCAUCAUCAUCCUUAUCAUUAUACUCAAGUUUGGCAAUAUUCUUCCUAAAACAAAUGGGUUCAUUUUGUUCCUGUAUUUUUCGGACUACAGCUUCUCAGUUAUUGCCAUGAGUUAUCUCAUCAGUGUCUUUUUCAACAAUACCAACAUUGCAGCUCUGAUUGGAAGCCUCAUCUACGUUAUUGCCUUUUUUCCAUUUAUUGUUCUGGUUACAGUUGACGAUGAGUUGAGCUAUAUAGUAAAAGUAUUCAUGAGCCUGCUGUCCCCAACAGCAUUUAGUUAUGCAAGUCAGUACAUCGCCAGAUAUGAGGAGCAGGGCAUUGGUCUUCAAUGGGAAAAUAUGUACAGUUCUCCAGUUCAUGGUGACACCACCUCAUUUGGUUGGCUCUGCUGUCUAAUCCUAGCUGACACUUUGAUUUAUUUCCUUAUUGCUUGGUACAUCAGGAACGUCUUCCCAGGUACAUAUGGUAUGGCGGCUCCAUGGUAUUUUCCAAUCCUUCCUUCCUAUUGGAAGGAACGACUGGGAUGUGCAGACUUGAAGCAUGAGAAAGGCAACGGCCUUAUGUUUACUAAUAUCAUGAUGCAGAACACCAACCCAUCUGCCAGUAAGACAAGUCCUGAAUACAUGUUUCCCUCCAACAUUGAGCCUGAACCCAAAGAUCUUACAGUUGGGGUUGCCCUGCAUGGGGUCACAAAGAUCUAUGGCUCAAAAAUUGCUGUUGAUAACCUCAAUCUGAACUUUUAUGAAGGGCAUAUUACCUCAUUGCUGGGACCCAAUGGAGCUGGGAAAACCACUACGAUCUCCAUGUUGACGGGGCUGUUUGGGGCCUCAGCAGGUACCAUCUUUGUUUAUGGAAAAGAUAUCAAAACUGACCUGCACACAGUACGGAAGAGUAUGGGUGUCUGCAUGCAGCACGACGUCCUGUUCAACUACCUCACCACCAAGGAGCACCUUCUCUUAUAUGGCUCCAUCAAGGUUCCUCACUGGACUAAAAAGCAGCUGCACGAGGAAGUAAAAAGGACUUUAAAAGAAACUGGAUUGUAUAGCCAUCGUCAUAAGAGAGUUGGAACUCUGUCAGGAGGAAUGAAGAGGAAGUUAUCCAUAUCCAUAGCUCUUAUUGGUGGAUCAAGGGUGGUAAUUUUGGAUGAACCAUCCACUGGAGUUGACCCAUGUUCUCGCCGAAGUAUAUGGGAUGUUAUAUCCAAGAACAAAACGGCCAGAACAAUCAUCCUGUCGACGCACCACUUGGACGAGGCCGAGGUGCUGAGUGACCGCAUCGCCUUCCUGGAGCAGGGGGGGCUGCGCUGCUGUGGGUCCCCGUUUUACCUCAAGGAGGCAUUUGGGGAUGGCUAUCACCUCACCCUCACCAAGAAGAAGAGUCCAAAUCUAAAAGCAAGUGCAGUAUGUGACACAAUGGCCGUGACGGCCAUGAUCCAGUCCCACCUCCCUGAAGCCUACCUCAAGGAGGACAUCGGGGGCGAACUCGUUUAUGUGCUCCCCCCGUUCAGCACCAAGGUCUCAGGGGCCUAUCUGUCGCUGCUGAGAGCGCUGGACUACGGCCUGAGUGAUCUCAGCAUCGGGUGCUACGGCAUUUCAGAUACCACUGUGGAAGAGGUCUUUCUGAACUUGACCAAAGAGUCACAGAAAAACAGUGAUAUGAGUCUUGAACACUUGACACAAAAGAAAAAUGGAAAUUCUAGUACCAAUGGCAUCUCAACUCCUGAUGAUUUAUCUGUGAGCAGCAGCAAUUUCACAGACAGAGAUGACAAAAUCCUGACGAGAGGAGAGAGGUUGGCUGGUGUGGGGCUGCUUCUAAAGAAGAUACUGGCUAUUCUCAUAAAGAGGUUCCAUCACACGCGCCGCAACUGGAAAGGCCUCGUGGCGCAGGUCAUCCUCCCCAUCGUCUUUGUGACCACUGCCAUGGGCCUUGGCACACUGAGGGAUUCCAGCAACAGUUAUCCGGAGAUCCAGAUCUCCCCAUCUCUUUAUGGUACCUCUGAACAGACAACCUUCUAUGCGAAUUCGGACCCAAGCACAGAAGCCCUGGCCUCUGCCCUGUGGGCCUUUCCUGGCAUUGACAACAUGUGUUUGAACGCCAAUGACUCAAAGUGUUUAAGCAUAGACAGCCUGGAAAAAUGGACCACAAAUGGAGAACCUAUCACUAAUUUUGGUGUUUGCUCCUGCUCAGAGGAUAUCCAGGAAUGUCCUAAGUUUAACUAUUCUCCACCUCAUAGAAGAACUUACUCUUCGCAAGUAAUUUACAACCUCACUGGGCAACAUUUGGAAAACUAUCUUAUAUCAACUGCUAAUGAGUUUACGCAAAAAAGAUAUGGAGGUUGGAGUUUUGGGCUGCCUUUGACUAACGACCUUCGUUUUGAUAUAACAGGAGUUCCUGCCAACAGAACACUUGCCAAGGUAUGGUAUGAUCCAGAAGGCUAUCACUCCCUUCCAGCUUACCUCAACAGCUUGAAUAAUUUUCUUCUACGAGUCAACAUGUCCCAGUAUGAUGCUGCCCGACACGGCAUCAUCAUGUAUAGUCAUCCUUACCCAGGAGUGCAGGAUCAAGAACAAGCCACAAUGAGCAGCUUAAUCGAUAUUUUAGUGGCGCUCUCCAUCCUGAUGGGCUACUCUGUCACCACCGCCAGCUUUGUCACCUAUGUUGUAAGGGAACAUCAGACCAAAGCAAAGCAGCUGCAGCACAUUUCAGGCGUUGGGGUAACAUGCUACUGGGUGACAAACUUCAUUUAUGACAUGGCCUUCUACCUGGUGCCUGUAGCAUUUUCAGUUGGUGUCAUUGCAAUUUUCAAGUUACCUGCCUUCUGCAGUGAGAACAAUCUAGGCGCCGUAUCUCUCCUACUUCUGCUGUUUGGAUAUGCCACAUUUUCUUGGAUGUACUUGCUGGCUGGGCUCUUCCAUGAAACAGGAAUGGCUUUCAUCACUUACGUCUGCAUCAACCUCUUUUUUGGCAUCAAUUCCAUUGUUUCCCUGUCGGUGGUAUACUUUCUUUCCAAGGAGAAGCCCAACGACCCGACUUUAGAACUCAUUUCUGAAACCCUCAAACGCAUUUUCCUGAUUUUCCCACAAUUCUGUUUUGGCUACGGUAUGAUUGAACUUUCUCAACAGCAGUCGGUCCUAGACUUCUUAAAAGCAUACGGAGUGGAAUACCCAAAUGAAACCUUUGAGAUGAAUAAACUAGGUGCGAUGUUUGUGGCUCUGGUUGUUCAGGGCACCAUAUUCUUUCUCUUGCGACUGUUGAUCAAUGACUGGCUAAUAAAGAAACUCAGACUCUUCUUCAGGAAAUUUUGUUCUUCACCUGCAAUGGAGACAAUGGAUGAAGAUGAAGAUGUGCAAGCUGAGAGAUUUAGAGUUGAAAAUGGUGCAGAUGAAUUUGACUUGGUCCAACUCCAUCAUCUCACAAAGACCUACCAACUUAUCCACAAAAAGAUUAUAGCUGUAAACAACAUCAGCAUUGGGAUACCCGCUGGGGAGUGCUUUGGUCUUCUUGGGGUGAAUGGAGCAGGAAAGACCACUAUUUUCAAAAUGCUGACUGGAGAUGUAAUUCCUUCAAGUGGAAAUAUUCUGAUCAGAAAUAAGACUGGGUCUCUGGGCCACGCUGAGUCACACAGCUCAUUAGUGGGCUACUGCCCCCAGGAAGACGCCUUAGAUGACCUGGUGUCUGUGGAAGAACAUCUGUAUUUCUAUGCCAGAAUACAUGGAGUUCCAGAAAAAGAUAUUAAAGAAACUGUUGAUAAACUCCUUAGGAGGCUCCACCUGAUGCCCUACAAGGACAGAGCAACCUCUCUUUGCAGUUAUGGAACCAAAAGAAAAUUAUCAACUGCACUGGCCUUGAUAGGAAAGCCUUCCAUUCUACUGCUGGAUGAGCCAAGCUCUGGGAUGGAUCCUAAGUCAAAACGGCAUCUAUGGAAGAUUAUUUCAGAGGAAGUACAGAACAAAAGUUCCGUCAUCCUCACAUCACACAGCAUGGAAGAAUGUGAAGCUCUCUGUACCAGGUUGGCUAUUAUGGUGAAUGGAAGGUUCCAGUGUAUUGGAUCUUUGCAGCAUAUAAAGAGCAGGUUUGGACGAGGAUUUACUGUCAAGGUUCACUUGAAGAAUACUAAAGUGAGCAUGGAGGCCCUGACAAGGUUCAUGCAGCUGCACUUUCCAAAAACAUAUUUAAAAGAUCAGCACCUCAGCAUGCUGGAAUACCAUGUACCAGUCACAGCAGGAGGAGUGGCAAACAUUUUCGAUCUGUUGGAAGCCAACAAGGCUGCUUUAAAUAUCACGAAUUUCUCAGUUAGUCAGACCACUCUGGAAGAGGUUUUCAUCAACUUUGCUAAAGACCAAAAGUCCUAUGAAACUGCUGAUACCAGUAGUCAAGGUUCUACUAUAAGUGUUGACUCACAGGAAGACCAGAUGGACUCUGAGUACCUCUAAUAAACUCAAUCUCAACAAAUGGUCAAUGGCUUCGUUUUGAGGAAGAGCCACAGCAGAUACCAUUUCCUCAAAAUAUCUUAAAGGAUUGUACUGCAUGGAAAGUCACAAUUGUAUAAGACUAGCAAGUACCUAUAAAUGGGAAGUUUUCUAAGGUCAGUGAAUAUUGUUGCUGCUGAAAGAAAUCCCUCUGUGCUCAACAUUGUGAGCAUGUGUGUGUAUAUGAUGGUGAUUUUUCUGCAAAGGUGAAAAUGAAUGUCUUAAUUUAUUCCUUUCAAUAAAAAGACAGCUUAAAAGGCAUGGUUAUUAGUAGUUGAAAAGCAAGAGUAGAAAAGUAAGGUAGUUUGGGGUCAGAAGAAUUGGGAGAGCACACACAAUAAUUUAUUUCCAGAAAAUAACAGAAUGAACAUCAUCAUCAAUACAUGAAUCAACUGUGAUGUGUAAAGUGCUAAAGGCCAGAUUAACACUGUCAGUAAGCAGUGGGCACAAUGCCUUUUCAGCACCUUUGAAUACAUGGGGACAUAGUAAACCCAAAAGAGUACCUUCCUGCAAGAAUGCCAUAGAAGGGCAGUUUACCCUGGAGGUAAACCAAAGAUUUUUUCCUGCUAUGCCUUGACAAUAGUAAGUCACAGGGUAGAGCAAAAAGUUCCUUGUUGUUUGGGGGGAAGUGAGUGUGUCAGAUGGGCAGAUACAAAUCCUGAAAACUGAUAGGGAAUUCAUGUGCUGCUGGCAGGCAACAUUAUUUUAAGCUUUUACAGAAACCCUAAUAUUCUGGGACUCUCUGCAGGAAACAUUCGUGUGGAGGGAAAAUGAAUAUGAAGGUAGUUUUCAGCUAAUCACCUGGCUGACACAGAGUGAUGUAUAUGGCUAUUGGAUAGACUUCAUAAUAAUGCCAAAUUAUAUGGCCCUUGGGGAAGGUACUUUAUGUAACCUUUGGGUGUGUGUGUGUGUGUAUGUUUGUGUGUGUGUCUGUCUGUCUGUCUGUGUGUCAGUGUGUUUGCCAGCUUUGGCAUAAUUGUUACUGUUUCAAAAAUGAAUAAACUCAGAGUUUAGAAAAAUAAUUCAUGAAGU